CACGAACAUUGGAGAUUGAAUAAGUGCGACCUAUGAGAGUAUUCGGAUAGCGGUCAAUAUAAAUACCUCUCCAGCCUCACUUAAUUGGUCGGAACACCUUAGAGGACAUAGCAGGAGAGUUCAAAAGCCAAGGAGAAAUCAUAUUGCUGUUGAGUACUGGUUCUCACAUCGAGUCAUAAACUCUUGGAACCGACUCCCAGAAGAAGUGGUGUCUGCAACCUCAAUUGAUUCGUUCAAGAAGGGUUUGGACAACCACAGAAAUCUACUAGAAAAGGAUUAACAUAGGCUGCAAGCCUUCUAUCCUCAAACAAAAAAUCUGAAAUCUGAAAUCUAAGUGAGGAAUAACUGGAUUUAUUCAGUGCGAGGGGCUGACAUUAGUCUUCAAUGGCUGUGUAUUCAGGAAUUUGGUCAUGAGAUAAGGAGCAACCAGUUUAAUUGCCAAGAUCGGGACAUGGAAGGUGAUUGCUAAUUUUUGCAAUCAAUGGAAUUUUUUCUUAAACGAGUUCCUGCAUUCAGCCGAGCCUUGGGAGAUUUCGAUUCUGAUGAUGAUGACAAUGAUACUGAAUUAACUGAUGAUGAUAAUAAUACUAUUUCUGUAUCAUUCAGUAACGAGAAAGAUGAAGAAUUAAAUGUUACUCAAGUAUUUAAAGAUUAUGCCCUGAUAUCACAUAUCAUCAUGGCUAUAGGUCCAUUGACAAGUGCCUAUCUACUUCUAGGCUUGAAUCUAGUGCACAGAAAUUCACGUAUCAUUAAAGUAUCGUAUAAAAAAGCCUUUCUAAUAUUCACCAGUUAUUAUCUUCCGGAUUGUCAUAACACUUUAGUCAUUUGUAUUGAAAAUGAACCAAAGCAUUUAUCUUAUGAUUACAAGCAUAUCUUAUGUCAAUACUUGGAUCAUCUCAUUUCACCAAAUGCUUAUAAUAAUAAUAAACAAAGUAUCAAGACUAUCAAUGUACUGUGCAGUCGUACAGUAAAUCAUCAUUAUCUUUCAAAAUCAAAACUAUCUACUCCAUUUAUCCGAUAUAUACCAUCCUCUUCUACAAUGAAUACUAAUCACUGUACACUAAAACCGCUGGAACAACCAAAUAUUUUAACAGGUUUACCAGCUGAAGCAUUAACUUGGUGUUAUUUCAAUUCAAUACCACCGUCCAGUGUAUACAUUGUCUUCUAUUCACCAGAUGUAAGUCUAUGUGAAUGGUCUGCAGUGAAAGAAAUAUUCAAGUGUUUAGCCUCAGCAGAUAUUGAUAUUCUGCGUAAGUAUGCAUCGUCGUCCAGCAAUGAUUGGGAUAAGAAUUUAUUGAGUGGUAGUAAUAAUAAUAAGCUUAUAGAGACAUGUAUUACUGCAGUAUGCAAUAGUGAACGUGCAAAGACCGAUCAAAUGUAUACCUGAAGGAAAUUGUACUUUCAUAAUUUGAUUUUUGAUUAUUAUUAAUAUUACUACUAUUUUACUAUAAAUAAUUUCAUUUUUUUUCCUCUAAAAGAGCAAUUUGUUCGAGAUUUCAGAUUGUUCUCCAAAAUAUCGUAUGCUUGACUAGGGAGUGAUUCAUAAUGUAACAACAGAAGACAAGGAAGGGCCAGGCAACAUAUCGUUUAUUUAGGAAAUCGACAGAUAUUUAUAGA